GCUCUGUCAUAUUUAGGCAGACACCCGCCCCUGGCAUCGUACGCCUUCAUUUUACUUCUCUCUUUUCCCUUGUUGUGCAUCAUUCCUUCGCCAAAAGCAAAUCGCGACGGCCCGUUUUCUGGGACCAGUGUCUCACUUCAAAAGAAGCAUCGUCAACUGCUCUUAUCUGAAGAGGGGGAAAAGAGAAAAGAAAAAGAAAAAGGGUUCGAGUCGCGUUCCUGUUUCGCAACAACGGCCGGCUUCUUAAUCGCGGCGACGUCAACAUGUCCGCCAGUUUGUACGUCACGCCGUACAAUGGCACCACCGGCGAUGCUGAUGCCGGAUACUCAUCCGGUGUCACGGAUCUAAAUCAGUUCUACGAGAGUGGUGAUUUCGCCUGGAUCCUAACCUGCGCCGCCCUCGUCCUUCUCAUGAUUCCCGGUGUCGGCUUCUUCUACUCGGGUCUCGCGCGGCGCAAGUCCGCGCUGUCGCUUAUCAUGCUGGCCAUGUUAUCCAUCGCCGUCGUCGACUUCCAGUGGUUCUUCUGGGGUUACAGUUUGACCUUCUCUCACACCGGCAGCAGCUUCAUCGGCGACCUUUCCAACUUCGGCCUCAUGAAGACCCUCGCCCAGCCCUCCGUCGGCAGCACCAAGGUCCCCGAUCUCCUGUUCUGCCUGUACCAAGGCAUGUUCGCGGCUAUUACGCCAGCCCUCGCGAUCGGCGCAGCCGUCGACCGCGCUCGCGUCCUGCCAUGCAUUGUCUUCAUGUUCGUCUGGGCCACCAUCGUGUAUGACCCCAUCGCAUACUGGACCUGGAACGCCAACGGCUGGUCCUUCAAGAUGGGCGGUCUCGACUUCGCCGGCGGUACUCCCGUGCACAUCUCGUCCGGUGCCGCCGCCCUCGCCUUCUCCGUCAUGAUCGGCAAGCGAUCCGGUUACGCCAAGAACGCCGGUCUACCUUACCGACCCCACAACGUCACCCACAUCGUCCUCGGUACCGUCUUCCUAUGGGUCGGCUGGUUCGGUUUCAACGGUGGCUCUGCCCUCGCUGCCAACCUCCGCGCCGUCAUGGCCUGCAUCGUCACCCAUCUGGCCGCUUCUGUCGGAGGCAUCACCUGGGUUCUACUCGACUACCGCCUCGAGAAGAAGUGGUCCGUAGUCGGUUUCUGCUCCGGCGCAAUCUGCGGUCUCGUCGCCAUCACUCCCGCUUCCGGAUACGUCACCCCCUGGGCCGCGGUCAUCUUCGGCAUCGUGGGCAGCAUCGGCUGCAACUUCGCGACCAAGCUAAAGUUCUACAUGGGCGUUGACGAGGCCCUCGAUAUCUUCGCCGUCCACGCCGUCGGCGGCAUCAUCGGCAACCUUCUCACCGGUAUUUUCGCAGCCGACUACAUCGCAGCCCUCGACGGCUUCUCUUCGAUCCCCGGCGGCUGGAUCAACCACAACUACAUCCAGCUCGGGUACCAGAUCGCAGACUGCGUGGCCGGCUUCUCGUACUCCUUCGUGCUGACCUGCGUGAUCCUGUUCCUAAUGAAUCUGAUCCCGGGCCUAAGCCUGCGCGUCUCGGCCGAGAACGAAGAGCUCGGCGUCGACGAUGAUCAACUCGGCGAAUUCGCAUACGACUACGUCGAGCUACAACGACACACGACCGAUGUCCUCACCGAGCCUCCUGUCAGCGGACGCGCGGGUUCUUCGAAGAGUAGCGAUGGACCCGAGAAGAUGGUUUAGGCGAUAGAGUAGGACGGAUGGAGUUGAAGUGGUGUAUAACCUACACCAGUACAUAAUACAUAGGUCCAUAAAGAAAUAGACGGUGUUCGAUUGCGUUGAUGUUGAUGUUGGUGUAUGGAUUAGGUAUGGGAGUGAGUGAGUGAGUGUGAGUUACGUGGAUAUACAAACCGCCUGGCCGACGCGCCCGCGGGAAACCGAAUACUGGAAGCUACAUGCAUAGCAUCGACAUAAAAAACGGGGAUUGCACACUACAUAGCGCUGCUCUGCAUAGUUUUGCUCUGAUUGAGGGCUUUCUUCCGUUAUAAUCAGUUUAGAUAUUAUACCCCAUUUUAUUCUAAUGAACCCCUUUCUCUUCUA